GGUAUUUAUAUGUUGCUUGACGCUGGUGCUUUUUAUACACAAACCUACCAUUAUUGAAAUUGGACAUAAAUGGCACCAGCACAAAACCCAAUCACUUCUAAACACGUGGCAGUGAUCGGAGCCGGAGCAGCCGGUAUCAUAACGUCUAGGGAGCUCCGUCGUGAAGGUCACAGUGUCGUUGUGUAUGAACGGGAGAAACAAGUUGGUGGUCUCUGGGUUUACACACCUAAAUCCGAUUCCGACCCACUAAGCCUUGACCCGACCCGAUCCAAAGUCCACUCUAGCAUCUACGAGUCUCUCCGAACCAAUGUCCCGAGAGAAAGUAUGGGUGUCAGGGACUUCCCGUUUUUGCCACGUUUCGAUGACGAGUCAAGAGACCCGAGACGGUAUCCAAAUCACAGGGAAGUUCUUGCGUAUAUUCAAGACUUUGCUAGAGAGUUUAAAAUAGAGGAGAUGAUCCGGUUCGAGACCGAGGUGGUUCGGGUUGAACCGGUUGACGGGAAAUGGAGGGUCCAGUCCAAAAAAUCCGGCGGUUUCUUGAAAGAUGAGAUCUAUGACGCCGUCGUGGUUUGCAAUGGACAUUAUACAGAACCAAACAUUACUCAUAUUCCUGGUAUUAAAUCGUGGCCAGGAAAGCAGAUCCAUAGCCACAACUACAGAGUUCCUGAUCCAUUCGAAAACGAGGUAGUGGUGGUGAUUGGAAAUUUUGCGAGUGGUGCCGAUAUUAGUAGGGACAUAGCUAAGGUCGCGAAAGAAGUCCACAUUGCGUCUAGAGCAAAGGAACCCCACACAUACGAGAAGAUUUCCGUUCCCCAGAACAAUCUAUGGAUGCAUUCCGAAAUCGACACAGCCCAUGAUGAUGGGUCGAUUGUUUUCAAAAACGGGAAAGUGGUAUUUGCUGAUAGCAUUGUGUACUGCACUGGGUACAAAUAUAACUUUCCAUUUCUUGAAACCAAUGGCUAUUUGCGCAUUGAUGAAAAACGCGUUGAACCUCUAUACAAGCAUGUCUUUCCACCCGCGCUCGCCCCCGGACUUUCUUUCGUUGGUGUACCAGCAAUGGGGAUAGUAUUUGUUAUGUUUGAAAUCCAAAGCAAAUGGGUUUCAGCAGUCUUGUCAGGACGUGUUACACUUCCUUCACCAGAAAAAAUGAUAGAAGAUAUUAAUGCUUGGUAUGCAUCCCUUGAUGCGUUAGGUAUUCCCAAGAGACAUACGCAUACGAUAGGUAGAAUUCAGGUAAGUUCUGUCAUAUCAUUAACUUCUUUUAAGAAAACUUAUCUCUCACAGAGCGAGUACCUCAAUUGGGUCGCGGAAGAAUGUGGUUGUGAACUCGUUGAACGUUGGAGAGGUCAAGAAGUUGACGGCGGAUACCUCAGACUUGUCGCCCAUCCAGAAACUUACCGUGAUGAAUGGGACGACGAUGAACUCAUAGAAGAAGCGUACAAAGAUUUUUCUAAGAAGAAGUUGAUUAGUUUUGAUCCUACUUAUUACAUCGAAAAUGGCAAAUGAUUUGCGUCAAUAGUGCCGACUUGUUUUUUUUCUUGAAGGUGGGUUGAUUUCAAUAAUUUGCAAAGCAAUUGUAAGGUUUACAGAGGAGGGUUAAGCUAUAUAAUGUAUAGUGCCCUUGCUUACGUUUGAGUUUGCAUUUUUAAUCGUUUGGUUAAAUUUGUGUAUCCAUUUGUAUGUGAUUGCAUUUUUUAGCAUACGUUUAAUUUGUGUUCCGACUAA